AUGGACGCUCCCGAACCGGACACGCCCUUUGCGGCAGUGUCUGCCCAUACCAGUCGGCUGCAGAUGCUGUACCAAACCUACCUCGACAAGUCCACUCCCUUCAUCGCCUACCGCUGGGCAGGCACCGGCGCCCUGUUCCUCCUGUUCGGCCUACGCAUAGUGUUCGCGCAAGGAUGGUACAUCGUCGCCUACGCGCUAGGCAUCUACCUCCUCAACCUCUUCCUCGCCUUCAUCUCUCCCAAAUUCGACCCCUCGCUCGAGCAAGAUACGGACAUGGAAGAUGGCGUGCCUGCAGGACAAGACUCGGCGCUGCCGACGAAGAACGAUCAAGAGUUCAAGCCGUUUGUGCGGAGACUGCCUGAGUUCAAGUUCUGGCACUCGGCUACGAGGGCGAUCGGGCUGGCGUUUCUGUGCAGCUGGAGCGAGAUCUUCAACCUGCCGGUGUUCUGGCCGGUGCUGGUGGUGUAUUGGUUGAUUCUGGUGUUUUUGACCAUGAGGAGGCAGAUCCAGAGUAUGAUCAAGUACAGGUACGUGCCUUGGGACUUUGGCAAGGCCCGAUACGAUGCUUCCAAAAAGUAA